UGUGUUCCUCUUAUAAUUAACUUGAUUAUAUAUGAACUAUAUUUAGAGUAGUUUAGUCUUUUGAUCAAAUCUAGUGAAUGGAGUUAUUCAGUUUCUUCAAAUGUUAAUUAAAAAAUGAAUGCUUCUUUCCUAAAUAUGUUAUAUAAUAUGAAUUAAAGGCAUUUUGUAAAUAGUCAUUCCUCUUGUUUUAAGGGGUUGAGUCUCCUGCUGCUGCUUUAAUGUAUAAAAUAAUCUGUCAAUGUACCCAUACAUUCUAGUAAAAUGGAUUUAAAAGUGUCUGGCACAAUUUAUUUCUGUCUAUUUUACUGAAAGCCAUCUAACACAUAUCUCUUUCUCACCCCUGCAGAUGAUUUUUUAGUUCCCAGAUAUGUCUAUAUUCUAUAAUCUAUCAAAAUGCUUCUUGUCCUCUUCAUGAACAUUGUGCUUUGUAUGGCAGCAUGUAAUAAUGCAGAAUAUGAAAUUAAUGGAGAGUGUUGCCCAAUGUGUGAUUCAGGAAAGCGAGUUUAUAAACACUGUGAUGAGUUCACCAGCACAACAUGUGAUUCAUGUCGCACAGGGACUUACACUCAUAUUCCUAAUGGAUUAACAGAGUGUCUGCCCUGUUCUGUGUGUGAUACGAGUAAUGGGCUGAGAGAAAAGCAGGCAUGUACAGUAACAUCAGACACAGUGUGUGGACCUCUUCCUGGUUAUUACUGUAUAGACUCGCUCUAUAACUGUAAAAGAGCCAAGAAACAUUCAUCCUGCUCACCUGGACAAUACAUCAACCAAACCGGAACAGAGUUCAGAGAUACAGUGUGUGAUCACUGUCCUGCUGGUUCAUAUUCAAAUGUUACAUUCUGCAUAUUGCAUACAGACUGUGAAUCUCUAGACAAGACAACUAUCAGAGAAGGAACAGAUACGACUGAUGCUGAGUGCAGUGAUAGAGUAUCUUCAUCUUUACUGACAGUGAUUCUGAGUGUGUGCGGAGUGUGUUGUAUUGUUAUAAUUGUAAUUAUUGUACAGAAAAACAUUAAGGAAAAAAGAGGAUUAAAUCAAGUUCCAACCCAAGAUUUGGCAAAUUUACAGUGUCAACAGGAAAAUAGUUCCAGCAAUGCAAGAGAACAACAACAGAGUCAUUUUCCAGCUGAAGUCAGUUCGAUUCAGUGAAAGUGACAUUCAGCCAAGUAUUAUGACCCAUACUCAGAACAACCUUUUGAUUGGGAGUCCGACUCUCUAACCAUUAGGCCACGACUUCCCCAUGACUUCUUUUCAGUGAUGUCAUCCACCAGUUCAGCUCUCGUCCGAAAAGUUCUACAAUCAGUCAAGUGUCCUGAACUACGAAAACCAAAGGAACCAAACUUCCAUUUAUGACAAAUAUAGAAAAAACCUUGUGAGAACCAGAGAGAGCUGCUCAUACCCCAACCAGCCCAGGGGCCUGUCAACUCUCUGCUCCACAAUCUCUCCUGGAAAGGAUACCCUCGGAGGGGUCAUGAUUUCAGUCUAUGUUCCUGUCUUGGUUUUUUGUGGACUCUUAUUUUGAAGUUUUCUUGUUCCCCAUUGUUUCUGUGCUCCUUUGUUCCUUUGCCCAUCUUGUUAGUUUCCAUAGUAAUUGAUUAGCUCCUCCCUUCUUUACCUCCUUAUCCUGUCUUUUUAAGAUCCAUUCAGUUCCUGCCCAAACUGCAGAGUAUUGUUUACUGUGGGUGUAGCAGAGGAGGGCUGUGACAUUGCAGUAAUGCAAUUGCAUUCAAGUUUGCUGAUUGCUACUCCAGAGAUUCAAUCCUUGAACAUUCUGUUAAUCCAGUUCCUGUCAAAGAGUUUCCUUUUGAACUGUUUGUCCUGUUUCAAUUGAGUCUGUCUGUGAAAUUUCUACAAGUUUAGUUUUAGUCAGUGCACCUGGUUUUGAUCUGUUUGCCAGUCCAAAGUGAGCCUGCUUAUGAGCUGUCUAUCCGUUCAGUGGUUACAAAGGAAAUUGAUGAACUCCCUUGAGUUCCUUGCCUCGGUCCUUGGGACAAUGAAUUCUCUGUCUGUGUUGCCUGUCUCUGCAUCUUCUAGCAGAUCAAGAUCUCUGUCUGCUCCACCAUGGAGAACUUCUGCUCUGUCUACUCUGCCGUGGAGGCCUUCUGCUUCAUCUACUCUGCCGUGGAGGCCUUCUGCUUCAUCUACUCUGCCGUGGAGGCCUUCGGCUUCAUCUACUCUGCCGUGGAGGCCUUUUGCUUCAUCUACUCUGCCGUGGAGGCCUUCUGCUUCGCUGUGUAGAAUCCUCAGACCCGUCUACUUUGCUGGGGUAGUCCUCUGCUCCGUCUGCCCCACCCUGAUGGGCUCCUGUUUCGUCUGCUCCACACUGUAGGGCUCCAAUGCUGUUUGCUCUGCCCUGGUUCCCUGUCUCGCCAGAUCCACCGUGAUGCCCUGCUCUGCCUCAGUUCUUGGUUUCUCCACUUCAGUACCGCCUCUCCCUAUAUGCAGAGUACGCAUUUCGUGUUGUGGGGGACCAACUCCCAGGGCAGUACCAUCCCAGUUGCUCAAAAAAAAUGAAUGAAAAAAAAGAAUAUAUAUUUAUAUUAACAUAUACAUAUAUGUAAAUAAACAUUUAACAUGAAAAUAUAUACAUAAUUAUUAAAAAAAGAGAGCGGGUGGUUUUACCUUUGCUGCGGGCUGGAGUGGGCGGUCAGAAAAUGUUGUUAAAAAUUCAAUAAAUAAAUGAUCAAAUUCAAUAAAUAUUAAUCUAACAAAUUUCAUGGAUAAAUUUAAUUUAAAAGUUAUCUGGAGAGUUAAACACCCUAAUGACAUAGCCUUCAUGGAGUAAUAAGUCAGUUUGUAAUCUAUCCAGAAUAGACUAUUGGUUAAUUUCUGAAAGUUUUAAUAAAGAUAGGGUCAAAGUUGAUAUUUUACAUACUCCUUUAACAGAUUAUAAAGCCAUCUAUAUAAAUGUGAACCUGCACUCCAAUGUACUGCACUAUGGUUCCUUUAUGGCCAAAAGUAAACGAGCUGAAGAAAUUAGAAUAAUAACAAGGAUAACAAAUUUGUCUCAGAGAUAUCCAGACUCUCUUUUAGAGGAUGAAAAACUAGAAAUGGCUGAGUUAUCAAUUAAACUAGAUGAUUUGUAUAAGAAAAAAGCUGAAGGUGCCUUUAUUCGUUCCAGAAUAAAAGUGACUUGAAGCCAAGAGUAACAGAAAAAAAUCUAGCUUAUGAUGUUUUGUUACUUUCGUCCCAACCGAUGGGGUCAAAAGUAACAAUGUGCAGCUUAUGUUCAAACUGAAAUUAUACUGAAGUCUUUCUACAUUUCUA